ACGGCGAGAGCGGAGAGGGGUUUUUUUAAGCGCUACACCUGACGUGGGUGCAGCAAUAACUGUUAUGUCCGUCAGUGUUCUAGUUGGAUCUAGUGCCUCUGUGACUAAAGCGAAUGAUGGCUGAGAUCAUCGAUGCUAAUGCCGGUCUGAACGCUACCUUCCCGGUUCCGCGACAACCCCUCUCGGCUGCUCCUGCCGCCUCUGUGAACGAGGACUACCUGUUUGUGGAGGCCAGACACCCAAACACCGUCCUCCAGGGCCUCAACAGCCUCCGGCUCAACAACGCCUUCUGUGACGUCACUCUGUGCUGCGGAGGGCAGGAGUUUCCCUGUCACCGCAUCGUGCUCGCCUCCUUCAGCUCCUACUUCCAGGUAAAGUGCAUGUCAGGGAAACAGGGCUGCAGGAAGUUCCCUCCAAGAUAGACCUGUUGGUGUUAA